AUGUAUUCUGAUUUGCCCGACCAUCGUUAUCAAGUUUUCCAGAAAACCCUGCUUGAGCAUGAGUACCAUCAUGAGGAUGCUUUUGUCUCUGCCAGCCUUUCACGUCUUCAUCAUGGUGUCUACGAUCUCGAGAAACUAAAUCUCGAUGGACCUCAGCCAUACAACGUCACGUUUGUAGCUAUCACUUUUGUCUUCCAUCCCAUGCACUCUGUUGAGCGUAGAUUUAAAAGAGCUCAAAUAAGCAUUCAGGCUUUUAAAACUCUAGGGGAAAAGGUCACCGAUCAACCGCUGAGGAUUAUAAAAUUUGCUCCACAUAUUGCAUUUGGUCGCUAUUCGACGGAGAAUUUACAUUGGAAUUUUUCCUUGGGAGCCAUCCUAGGGGUCUCUUUACCGACGACCGCAGCUGUCACUCCCUCGACUGAGUACGAUAAAUCAAAGGUCAUCGGCAGCACGUUAAAGAUACAAGGCUCAACUCGAUCUGCUAAAGGCAUCGAGAGCAGCAAGCUUAUUUGGUCGCUCGAAGAGAACGAACAACAGGCUACAGGGCUUCCUCGAGAAUUCACUUUCGUCUUCUUGGUCGAACAGCCAGUCGCUAAAGCACCAUUCGCCUUGGAAAUCGGAAUUAAGCCUGUAUUUUCACAUAGUAUCGAGACAAGUAUCUUCGGCGAUGAGAUCAGUCAGAAGUCUGACAUACUAUGGGAGGAAGUUGGACAAACCAGUCCACAUGCAUUCAAUUUCGCUACCAUGAUCGGAUCAUUCGAACAUUUAGUAGAGCUGCCAGGAAGUGCCUCGACCAUUCAGGACUACGUUGCCACUGAAUCUGGUAUUCACAUUAAUAUUCCGGAGUCCUCAGAGUAA